GGGGAUUAAUAAGAUCGGAUCUUAGAGCCAUUAUCAAGGGUUAUUAAAAUUCUUAAUCAUGAUUAGGUAGACUAAGCUGACACCAUUUUCUCUCACUUUUCCCCACCUUUAUAUCUGUCUGCUGCAUAAAUGCACAUCUCCUUGGACCAACUUGACCCCUUCAAACACUACAACUGCUGCAUAGGCAUUAGCCCUCUCUCUCUCUCUCUCUCUCUCUCUCUCUCUCAAUAUCAAAUACAGAGCUGGGCAUGUCACCCUUUCUUAUGCACAUAAUUGGAAGAAAAUUUAUGGUCCUUUUGGCUCUUCUGGGUUCUUGACAAAGAUGAUGACUAUGCAAAGUUACUCUUAGCUCCAGAUUUCAGUCAAGAUGGGUUCUUUUCUGAUUGGUUUUGGUUCCAAAGGAGGGAAAUUUCUAUCCUGCUAAAGAGGACCAUUUCUGAUUAAGAAGCUGAGAAUCGUUGAGCAGCUGAAAAAGGGUCUCUGAUUCGGAUAACAGCCACUCUCAUAAACAAAUAAAGAUAUGCUCUCUCUGUGUCCCUUUCUAGCUGGAAUCUUCACAACAAUUCUAACUUAAACGACCUACAAGUACCACCUUUCUGUUCUUCACACCAGAAAAGAACGACUCUGCAACCAAAGAGCCCUUCGCUUUCUCUGUUUUUUUCCGUUCAUUUUCUUCAACUUCCAUCUCAUCAAGCAAGCUGCUAAAAACCCACCAGAAAUAUGCAUCGACUUCUCCUCGGCACAGAGCCAAAUACGGCGCCGUCCUUUAGGAACAGGACAGCAGAUUCAUACAUUAGCGAGGCCAACUUUGACACCAACAUGGUGAUCAUAUUGGCAGCCCUGUUAUGUGCUCUGAUAUGUGCACUUGGGCUCAACUCAAUUGUCCGCUGUGCCCUGCGCUGCAGCCACAGGUUUGCUUUGGAGACGCCGGAACAAGCAGCUGCAAGGUUGGCAGCCACAGGCCUGAAGAAGAGCCAUUUGCGCCAGAUCCCAGUUGCUGUUUAUGGCUCCGGCGUGGAAAUUCCGGCCACAGAAUGCCCAAUUUGCCUUGGAGAGUUUGAAGAUGGAGAAAAAGUCAGGGUGCUGCCAGAAUGCAAUCACGGAUUUCAUGUGAGGUGCAUAGAUACGUGGCUUUUGUCCCACUCGUCCUGCCCAAACUGUCGACAUUCACUGCUUGAACAGCACCAUCCCAAAAAGAGUACCAGGACUAGUAGUGCCAGUACUGUUGAUGCAAGCCAAAAUCAAGAAGCUGCUGCUGCUACUGCAGCAGAGCCAUCGAAUUCAACCAAUGAGCCCAACCAGCAAGGCAGAGUGGUCAUAGUCAUUGAGCAGGCAAGUUAAAUUAAACCUGCCAA